UUCGCUUUGGUCUGGUCACGUGAAUUCUCGUGGAGAGGGGAGGGGGGGAAACAAACAUGGCCGACGAGGCAGGGGAGGUAAACACAGCUGUUGAGGAUGGCGAAGCAAAACAACAGCUAUGUGAGCCCGAAGUUUCGGAAGCCGAGCCCGACGGCGGCCACGGGCAGGAGCGGACAGAGAAGCCGGCACCGGCGGCGUCAGAGAGCAGCUGGUCGGCUCCUAUCCUGUCUCUGGCUCGGAAGGCCACGGAAACUAUUAGCAGCGGGGUGAGCUACGCUGCUGCCCCGCGAAAUCCCUCACAAGGAUCCGCUGCGAGCUCCCCAACGGAAAGGGAGUCCGAAAAUCAUCUCAACAACACUUCAAAAAAGCUUCCAGUUAUCUCCCCCAAAGACCCCAUGGCAAUAGAAAGAUCCAACCUCCUCAGUAUGAUGAAGCUGAGCAUCAAAGUAUUAAUUCAGUCCUCCUUGAGUCUGGGCAGGACGCUGGACUCGGACUACCCUCCUCUGCAGCAGUUCUUUGUCGUCCUGGAGCAUUGCCUCAAACACGGGUUGAAAGCCAAGAAAUCCUUCAUUGGUCCGAAUAAGUCCAUAUGGGGACCUUUGGAACUGGUUGAGAAGUUGUGUCCAGAGUCUGUUAACAUUGCCACAAGUGCCAGAGACCUGCCUGGCAUUAAGACUGGCUUGGGGAGAGCAAGGGCAUGGCUGCAUUUAGCGCUCAUGGAGAAGACUGUAGCUGACUACAUGAAAGCUUUACUGGACCGCAAAGAUCUCCUGAGUGAGUUUUAUGACUCUGGAGCAUUGAUGAUGGAGGAGGAGGGGGCGGUGAUUGGCGGACUGCUGGUGGGCCUCAACGUAAUUGACGCUAACCUCUGCAUUAAAGGGGAAGAUCUUGAUUCCCAGGUGGGAGUCAUUGAUUUUUCCCUUUAUCUGAAAGACCCUGCCAACAGUGAGACUCCGAAAGAUGAUACCAAGAUGACGGCCAUAUUGGAUCAGAAGCACUACAUUGAGGAGUUAAAUCGUCACCUAAGUGGCACCGUGACUGACCUUCAGGCUAAGAUGGACUCUAUAGAGAAGACCAACAGCAAACUUGUAGAGGAGCUGACGGCAGCGACAGACAGAAUCAACUCUCUGCGAGAAGAACAGGAACAUCUAAGAAACGAGAAUGAGACGAUCUUGCAGUCCAGCCAGAAAAAGGAAGAGGCAGCCCUUCAGGACAGCCAGGUGGAGCUGGAGACGUACAAACAGACUCGACAGGGCCUGGAUGAGAUGUACAAUGUGGUUUGGAAGCAGUAUAAAGAGGAAAAGCACAUUCGCCAGGAGCUGGAGCAUGAGUUGGAGCUCCAGGUCGGCCUGAAGCAGGAGAUGGAGGUGGCCAUGAAGCUGCUGGAGAAGGACACACACGAGAAACAGGACACACUGGCAGCCCUGCGGCUCCAGCUCGACCAAGUCAAGACUCUUAACCUGCAAAUGUUCCACAAAGCUCAGGACUCUGAACGAGAGGCAGAAAAAAGGCAGGCGGAGGCUGCGCAGCUUGAGCAGAAGAUGGAUGAAAUGGAGAAAGCGAUGAUUGAGCUAGAGCAGAGACUGCAGAACUCGGAGCGCGAGCGCAGACAAAGUGACCAGUCAGACAAAGAUAUGAGGGUGGAGCUGGAAGGAAAGGUGGACGCUUUGCAGAAACAGCUGACGGACCUGGAUACACUAAGGCUGGGUUUGGAGAAUGAGCUGCGCACUGAGAGGGAGCAGAGGCAAAGCCUUCAAAGAGCUCUGCAGCGGGAACAGGACAACAGCAUCGAGCUCCGCACACAGCUGCAACAACUCCAGGGCCUGCACACGGAGCUGCAGGAUUUGAAGCAUGAGAAGCAGCAGCUGCAGCAGACCUGUGAGCAGCAGGAACAGGCUCUGCAGGAGAUGGGACUGCAUCUCAGCCAGUCUAAACUUAAGAUGGAGGACUUCAAGGAGGUCAACAAAGCUCUAAAGGGCCACGCCUGGCUGAAGGAUGAUGAAGCCACUCAGUGCAAGCAAUGUGAGAAAGAGUUCUCCAUUGCACGCAGAAAGCACCACUGUAGAAAUUGUGGAGACAUCUACUGCAGCACUUGUUCCAGUAACGAGCUGGCCUUACCGUCCUACCCUCGGCCGGUGCGGGUUUGCGACGUGUGCCACGCCCUCCUGCUGCAGAGAAGCUCCUCCACAGGUUCCUGACUAAAUAUCUACUCACUUCAUCACACUGCAAAUGCUCAUGAUUUAACUACUUGGGUUAGAAUAAUGUCAUUGAAUCUUAGGGAAAUGUGAUUUGGUUUAACAUUUCCUCUGCUACCUGAAAUUCAGGAACAUUAGUUCACCUGUAUUAAACAAGGGGGCCACCUUUUAACACUGAUGGGAGGAGCUAACAGUUUUGAAGUCUUUGCUUAGAGUUUCGGAUCAUUUGUGGUCAAUGUGUUUCUCAGUUUGACAAUUUGGUACUCGAUAAACUGAUUUUAAAAUGUGAACUUUUUCUAAUUCAACCCAUGGAUGUAGAUUAUGUGGAGGUCCUAUCGAGAACAUUGUUGUUACUGAAGAUCAUAUUCAAACUUAUCAUGCUACUUUUUUUUUUUUUUUUUUUUUUACAACUAUGGCCCCACUGAUGAUACAUAUACAAUUGUGUAAAUGACUGUCGAAUGUUGAAAAAUAACUAUUUUAGAAUGUAUUAUUACAGAGUUUUGUGUCCACUACUACUAAGCCAUUUUCCUCAUUGAUUUGGGAAUGGUGACCUAAAGUUUUUUUUAUCGGAGAUAUUUGAUAAAUGAAUAAAGCCUUUUUUGCAACGCUUGUAUCAAUUAGAUAUUCCAGACUAGUUUAUUCACUUUGUGCACAGGAAAUACAAAUAGCAUUUGAAGCAGUAGAAACCUUCAUGUCAGCAGAUUUUAAAUUCACUUGCCCUUGACAUAGCCCUCAUCCACA